UUAAAACACAGAAAUGUUGAGCUUUGAUCCGCAUUAGCCUCUGUCUAUUUAAAUAUUUGGUCACGCUGAAGUUGCUGCCGUCAAAGUUAAGUUAAUAUAACUUAACAUGCGUUUUGUGACAACUUUCAGUUAGCCUAAUGUUAGCCUGCUAGCUGCAGCAGCUCACUCUGCUGGGAAAUGUCUGUUAGACGGGCUCUGGUGGGUUGUGUUGUGUUGUCUCUGAAAGAUACCUGCGUGUUUUAUCCGUGCUGCAAAAGCUGUUUCUCCAGGAUUGAUGUUGAACAGCAGGACGUGACGAGAUGCAGAUGCUCCAAGUGUGGUUACAGCUGUCUGAGGGAACAGGUUGAUUACAGGUAUCGUCUCUCACUGAAGGUGACCCGGGACAGAAGCAUAUUUGGAGUAACAGUAUUUGGGACCUGUUUGAACCCCUUCUUUGGCAUCCAUGCAAGUGGUUUACAGAGGUUGGUGGAGAACUCAGAUGGAGCAUCAACCAGAUCCACAUUGUUGGUGAAGGCUGUCCAGGACUGUUUCAUUGGCAGACAUUUCAUCUUUGGUAUAAAGGUAGCCGAAACAGAAAGUUGGCCUUGGUUCAGAGGGCCUGUUGCAGAUGGCUUCAGCAGUAAAGAAGCAGUCCACUUUAUUGCCAGUCAGAUGCUGCUCCCCAAAGCUACAGGCCUACAAGGCUGCACAGUGGUCAGUUAUUAUCGGAUCCUUCUUCAGAAAGCUGCCGAAUAUGAGAAAGAAUCCGCCGAUCCCAGCAAAAGACCCCCAGCAACAACCCUGCUGCUGAUUCCUUGCCACUUUCCAGCUAGCAGCUUCAAUAAUGCCACACUUUCUGCCUCAGGUCUUCUUUCGCAGUCACUGCAAAGCUCGCAGCACCAAGACGGCACCCUUACUCCCACCCCUCCAUGGCAACAGUCACUAGGACUAGUAACUUCAUCAGCAGAGCAGGAGGAAGAUUGCAGCACCCAGGACAGCGGAGACGAGAGGAGCUCACAAACAUCACAUCAUGCACAAAGAGACUGUUUAGAGAUCCUGAAAGUCACAGAGGAGAGAGCACCGUCACCUCUUCUUUCUUUAGAGUGCAGCUCUUCCCUUAGUCCAUCAUUAGCCAAAUGCUCAUACUCAUCUGCUGAAAAGGCUGUUGGAAACACCCCCAUCCUGAACACUUGGUUCAGUCCCCCUCCACCUGCAUAUAACAGCUCCAAGGGUUUUUCUACCAAAACAUUGUUGUCAGACUCCUUGGCUUGGGAAGAUUUGCCUUUCUCUGAGAGUCUGACAGAGUUUUUGUGUGAAGAGAACAAAGAUUUUGACAAACAAACAGAACAACAUGCGGAAAAUCAAAAAGAAACAUCAAGAAACAACCUGGAAAUCAGCUCGCAACACAAGAACGACUCACAUAAAUUUCAGAUAACAGGCUGCCACUCACAGAUAUUACUGGAUAUCGCCAACACACCUGCACCGAAUGGAGGUGACAGAAAUGAUUUAUCCGACCAGGAAUAUAAGAGCCCUCUAGGAAGUGCCAACACGACUCAAUCCAGAAAUAUUUCUUCCAGUGAGGGUAACCAGGAGGACGAGAAAGCUUGCUCUCUGUCUUUUGAAAACGAAGAAGAGCAGCUUGAAGAGGACACCUAUAAUUGUUCAGCAGAUCUUUUUGGUAGCUCAUUCAUAAUCAAUGUGAGCACAAACAAGCUCAGCACACAUGCAGAAACUGUCAGGUUGACCACGGAGGCUCGCCCGCCGCUUUCCAAACCAAAAACAACGCACCAGAGGAGUGAUAACGCGACACAUUCGACACCACAAAGACAGACACUGAAAAGUCAAAAUUGCAUAAAUAGAGACACACAAGAGCUGGACUUCAUCCCUCCCUCUCAGUCCACCCCCAUUGUAAAAGUAGGUGCUGUGACAGGCCCAAGCAGAACGUUGACAUUAUCUGAAGUCAGUUCUCAACCUGACAGUCAAGAUUCCGGUGUUUUUUAUAGACGUCUUCCUGAAUGGGACAGGAAAGAGACAGCUACUGCCACCUCUGCUCUUUGUAAAUUAAGCUGCGUCAGUGAUGAACAGCUGUCCCAGCGCAGCAGAGAGCCAACAAAGGAAAACUUAGCAUGGAGUUCAACAUCCAGCAGACACAGAUUUACCCCAAAAAGAAGGUUCUGGAAACCGGACACGCAUAAGAACCAUCUGAGACGGGUUCUACAGUCAGCCAGAAGGAUCAAGCACAAAUGUGACUCAAGUAAUUGUGAUAUGAGCGUCUAUGAUCAUGAAGACAAUGAAGUAAUCGUUCCUCCGACUCCUGCUGCUGAAAGACGACAGUGUGUGAAGCUCAGAGGAAAAAGGCCGACUGAUAACAGCAGCAGUAAUUUGGGUAAUUGUCGGGAAAGCCAGCAGGGAGAUGGGGUGAAUUAUAAAAGAACUCUUUGUUUGUUGGAUCAAACUCUCACAUCAUUACAGAGAGGUCCGGCACAAACAGAAAGUCAUGACAGUGAGACGGGUGAAGAGGGAAGUCUUGAUGGAUCUAAAUGUUACCUCCUUGACGAUGAUAAUGAGGCAUGUGAUUGGUCCAGAGAUUUAUUCUCUGACUCGGUCUGAGAGGUUCUUUUGCAGAUGAACCUUACAAAUUUAUGUAAGAAUUAAAGACUUUUUAAUAUAUAUAGCUGUUCUUUUUUAUGGCUAGUGUUGCUUGUCCUACCCUAACAGUUUCUACUGCUGUAUCUGCAAUCUUCCUUAGAAGUGUCACGUGGUGUUUUUGUGUCACUAGCCAUAAAAAAGAACAGCUAUAUAACGUUAUCUGGCAGGCUAAAAUUAACCUUUUUGGACUCCAACUCUGUGCGGAAAGUCCCUGUACAGCAAAAAAUAACGUGCGUUCUGAGUUAGGCAGUUGUGCUCCAACACAGCUGAUUCAAGCGAUCACCUCGUUAUGAACUCCUGAAGCUGCUAGAUGACAAGCUGAUCAUUUAAUUCAGCUGUGGAGCAGGAGAGAGACAUCUAAUACAGGCAGGACAAGUGGUACUCGAGGAGAGAUUUGGGAAACAGUGUUGUAUGGGAACUAUGGUUGCUGACCUGAAAACUUGAAUGGCCCUAACCAGAGCCGGUGUUUGGUCUGUCCACUCUGGGGUGCUGUAGAAAAAGUAUGGCAGACUCCUUGAAAAAGGACCCGCUCUGUGUGUAGCUAUAAACAGCUCAUUCUGAGGAAACAAAAACACAAUUAUACUUAGUUUCAGGUGAUUAUACACUAGUUACUAUUAGAAUGUUAUGUACCAUUUCUGCCAAUAGAUUUCCUCAAAUCCUACACACUGAACCUUUAAAUAUUUCAGAGAGGAGAAAGGCACUACAGGCCUUGCCUCACCUUAUGCCGUAUGCACCUUAUCUUAAAAAUAAUAUUAAGAAAUUGUGGGUUCAACUGCCUCAGGCUGGGAUACAAUUGAGCAUACUGCUAUGCAAUUUCCAUUGGCAAACAUUUGCAGUAGACGUGACUGCAGGUCUUUAUAAAGUCUUAAAAUAUCUUUAAUUUAAUUUUACAAAUAUAAGGCUUCAAAGGUCAUUAGUCUUUAUUGCUGCAAACAUUUUAACUAAUCUAUUUUUUUUUUUUGUCAAAAUGAGUCAAGCUUUUCUGCAUGAAAGUCCGCAUUUCAGAUGUUAAGAGUCUUUAAAUCUACCGCAGAACCUACAAAUGUUUAUACUGCAUGCCUGCACUUCCCUAAAAUGUUUUUUAAUCAAACUCACUUUAUUAACAAUAUUCGCGUUUAAAAAAAACAAACCUCUGCACAGGAUUACUUCAUACCUAUAUACUUACCUGUAAUGCUGGAAAAAGAAAUGAUGAUUUUUUUUUCAAAAACUUGUCUUAAAUUUGGUUAAAAUGGUCUUGAAAAAGUCUUAAAAAGCAUUAGAUGUAAGUAUCUGACAUCUGUAAACACCCCAAAUAGAAUGGGUGAUACUAAAGAUCUCAGCAUCCAACUAAAGCAUCUGACCUUAAAUGAUCUUGUAGCUGAGUGGGAGCAAAUCCCUGCAGCCAAUUUCCUUAAUCUUGUGGAAAGCCUUUGCAGGAGAGCAAACGCUCUUACAAUUCCUCAUUAAUGUCUUUGGUUUUCUAAUCACAUAUGGGUUUAAUGUUUCAAUGUCCACACAUAAGUGAUUUGUUUUGAAAGGAAGAAUCUCAUGCACAUGGUCCACGGUCGUUGAAUAAUUGAGACUUUUAUUGGAAACGUUUUAGUAACUAAAAGCUUCAGAUCAAAAAUCUUUUGAACAUGCAGGUGUGGAUUUUCUUACCUAGUUUCAGGUAUUGGGACCGUGCCAUGUAGUAUGUGCCCAUGACACAUUGUUAACUCUGUUUUAAAAUCUUUCUGCUGCUCCACCCUCUCAGUCAUUGCUGUUUUUUAUUCAUAACCUUGUCUUUUCUCCUUUUGUACUACAACUUUGAAUUCAAAAAAUGAUCAUAUGUGGGUAUCUGAUAAAUUAACUGCUGCUGUCACAUCUAAGAUUCACUGGAUUUCAAUUUCAUUUUUUUUUUUGUCUUUGCAUUUUUGCCUUUAUUAAUAGAAAAUAGAGACAAAAUAUACUGGCACUGAAACAAAAACCCUGGAAUAAAAGCUGGAAAAAAGCCAGGGACGUUCUGCUUUCAAAAUACGGUAUGCACCCCA